AUGGAUUCAGACUAUGUCACAUCACUCUAUCAUAUCAGAUCACAAUUUUCUACUUAUGUUACAAUUCCAAUUUGUAUUUUGAGUAUUAUUGGUGAAAUAUUUAAUAUUAUUGUUUUUCUAAGUCUUAAAACAUUUCGACAGAAUUCAUGUGCAUUUUAUUUAAUGUCUAUGUCAAUAUUUAAUUUUAUUCGAUUAGUUUUCAGCACAUUAUUUAUAGUAAUAUCAACAGCAUUUUCUAUCGAUUGGUCUUUUGCUUUAUUUUAUUAUUGUCAAUUUCCUAUUGCAGAUCAGUACUUUGCUACGUGCUCGCGUCAUCGUUUACAACAAUGGUCAAACAUUAAAAUUGCUUAUCGUGUCACAGGAACCAUUGCGAUCGUUUGGAUUCUUCAUGCCAUACCUUAUUGCAUAUAUUUCAAUCAAUUAUCAAUGUCAAAUAAUGCAGUUUGCAUUACGAAAAAUCCAAUUUUCCUCAAAUAUCAUACUUAUGGGUAUUUUCUAACGUAUGGAAAUCUUUUCCCAUUAAUUGCAGUGAUAUUCGGUGUGAUGUCUUUUCGAAACGCACGUAAUUUAACAACUCGAGCAAACCUACUUGUUCGACGUGAAUUAGAUAAACAAUUAACAAUGAUGGUUUUAGUCGAAAUUUGUGUUUAUGUUUUAACUUAUAUUCCUUACUCAAUAUCAAAUGGAUAUUCAACGCUCAAUACAAAUCGUGAUCCAACUUUUCUCGCACAAUUAAAUUUAAUCAAUACUGUUACUAUGACGUUAUCUAUUAUAAGCAACGGAAAUUCAUUUUUCAUAUAUAUUUGUGUAUCAAGACGAUUUCGUCGUCAGGCAAAAUAUGUUUUAUAUGAAAACUGUAGAAAUCAUAAUUCAAUUAACCGAAUUGCUCCUGAGCGCACAGAAAUGCAAGUCGUCACCGAACGUAUAUCAGCGGCUAGGGCAGGAUGUUUGACAACAAGAAGACCAUCGCUUUCCCCAGGAAUCACAUCGGGCGCACGCGAACGUAAUGGUAAAAACGAGAUCAUAUUGCUCCAAAUCAAAUAA